AUGCUAUUUUUCAGGAGACCUGGGGAACAGAAACACUUAAAAGAUCUUCCAUCUCUGCAAUGGAUGCAUCUGGCAGUUGUGGCAUGUGGCGACCGGCUGGAAGAGACCGUUACCAUGCUGAAAUCAGCAGUUCUCUUUAGCAACAGGAAGCUCCGGUUUCACGUCUUUGCUGAGGAUUCCCUUAAGCCGGAAUUUGAGAAGAAGUUCCAAGAAUGGCCUUCCACAUACACCAAGAAGUUUGAAUACAACAUCUAUCCAAUCACUUUUUCAGUAGGAAAUGCUCAGGAAUGGAAAAAAUUAUUCAAACCAUGUGCUGCCCAGCGCCUCUUUCUCCCGGUCAUUUUAAAGGAUGUGGAUUCUCUUCUCUACGUGGACACUGAUGUUCUCUUCUUGAGGCCUAUCGAUGACAUCUGGCGCUUUCUCAAAGAGUUUAACUCCACACAGCUGGCUGCCAUGGCCCCAGAACACGAAAUACCAAAGAUAGGCUGGUACAGUCGAUUUGCUCGUCACCCUUACUACGGAACAACUGGUGUCAAUUCUGGAGUCAUGUUGAUGAAUUUAACUCGGAUAAGAAACACGCAGUUCAAGAACAGCAUGAUAUCAACUGGCUUGACAUGGGAGGAAAUGUUGUACCCUUUAUACCAAAAAUACAAAAAUUACAUUACAUGGGGAGACCAGGACCUACUAAAUAUUAUUUUUUACUUUAACCCAGAGUAUCUCUACGUGUUUCCUUGUCAGUGGAACUACCGGCCAGAUCACUGUAUGUAUGGGAGUAACUGUAAAGGAGCCGAAACAGACGGCAUCUCUAUUCUGCAUGGAAAUAGAGGCGUCUACCAUGAUGACAAGCAGCCUACAUUCAAGGCAAUAUAUGAAGUGAUACGUGAUUUUCCCUUUGAAGACAAUCUCUUCCAAUCCUUGUUCUACCCUCUUCAGUCUAAGUUUCUGGAUACUGUACACACUUUAUGUGGGCGAAUACCACAGGUUUUUUUGAAGCAGAUUGAGAAAACAAUGAGGAAAGUUUAUGAAAAUCGUGUUGUUGUCCACGUGAGGGCCAACCACAGGCUCUGAACAGAGAUAACUACGUUUAAUGUGGUGGUUUUCAUCUUUGUAUCCAAAUUACUUGAGGCAGAUCAAUUAAAGCAACGCUAUCAGUUUAAAAUCCACGUUAUAAACAAACACUUGUUUCGCCCUGUUUGGCUAAUACCCGCACAGAUAAUUACUACAGAAAGAGUUUUAACAAGUCUUUUUAAAUGGUCACUAUCUAGUUUCUUUUUUCACUUCCUGCAUUUCUCUCACCUUGAACUAGGUGACUUUCACUUCUGUUGUGUGUUUCACUUUUUUAGGUUUGCCGUGGUUUAAACACUUUGGAGGAAUGCUUAUUUGUUUAAACACAGCCAUUUUCACUGCAGAUCUCUUUCAGUCUGGGAGCAUCUUUAUUCAUUUCAGAUUGUAUCACUUUUCUCCCCUCAACAUUGUAAUAUUGGGCUAGAUUUCUUUUGAUGGUGUCACUUCAAGGUAUUUGCCACUCAGGAGAUAUAAAACUUAAAAGAGAGAGGAACACACAUUCUCUGGUGUCAUGAACAUGUUCAGCGACAAGCUCUCAGGCAAUCAUGACAGGCUUACUUAAAAGUGACUGCAGUAACAGGAAAACAUCUACUUAAAAACUGUAUUUCUGUUUGAAGGUGUUCACCUACUUUUGCU